CUGGUGCACUGACCAGUACAGUGGUAGCCAUAGCUGGAGCCUGAGGAAGGAGGAGCCAUCUAAAGCGUUCUGUGACUUCUGUCUCUCUUAUUUUGUGGGACGCAUGGCUUCUACAGCAUCCCGAAUUUUAGCAAGAAGCGCACUUCAUUGCUCCAGCCAAGCAAUCAGCGGGGACCCCGCGUUUCGAGCGCAACCAGGGGCUCAGAAACCAGGCUGGCAACUAGCUGCACAACCCUCUUUUUCAAGCAAAGCAUCCGUCAAUAAACCGUUCCAAAAGGACAACAGGGUCCCAGCAGCUUGUCUUCCUCACACGUGCACUGCAUUUGGUCUGUACAGUCAAGUGUCUCCAGCUGGUCUCUUUCUGGAUGCUUGUCUUCCUCACAGUGAUUACACAGGGCCCGGUCCAACGAUACCAGCGCAGCGUAAUGCGUCUUGCUUUGGCAGGAAUACUGAAGUCGUAGCUCAGAAGGACAGUAAAUUGGGACAGCAGAUGCAAUCAGCAAUGCCGUGGGAGUUGCCAGAUGAUUUCAAGUGUAGAGAGGCUACAAGAUUCUCAAAGGGGCCGUUCAGGAAAGCUGCUCAGAGCUUUUACGUACCCAAGGCACUAAGACGGUACAGCUGGCUGAGGAAUAUUGUCAGCUCUCUCAGACAAGCAUUUGCCAAGCAUGCAACGCAAGAGAUCGUACUGAAGAUAGUUCUCACCCUUCUAGUGAUUGGCAUCUUUUUCAGCUCACAGCGGUGGGCUCAGCUUAUGCUUGGGGCGUCUACCUUAUUUGCGGGAGUCGUAUGUGUUGCUGAAAGUGUAACAAGCAAGAGGGAAGAACAGCGGCGGUGGGAGACGCGUCGGAGGAGGGUGGUCGUGCACGAGGCGGGUCACUUCCUGCUGGCUUAUCUUUUGGGAUUCCAAGUCAUGGGCUAUAAAGUACCGCCCAGAACGAGACCGGGGAAGCCAUCAAAGACAACCGCUCCAAUUCCUGAGCAAUCAUCGGGCAGCAGCGUGGAAGGCCAGACCUUUGUGUCAUUGGCUGCCCUCAAGUAUCCCUUCGAAGAGCCAGAGCAAAUCGACGGGUACCUUCUCGGUCGGUUCGCAACGUUCAUGAUGGGGGGCCUCGCAAGCGAAGCCCUUUGUUUCCGGACCUGCGGGCAAGCACCAGGGAAGGAAAGCAGUAACUCGCAGACUGGCGACUUGGACAUUCUUCGACAGCGUUUGCUUUCGUUCAGGCCCGAUUGGUCCGUUCAGAAGAGCGAUGGUAGGAUGGUCGGUUCUCUGCCUACGAGAGUCGUGGCUUUCGAGAGAAGAGCUUUCCGGCGCGCGUGUGUGAUAUUGGCGCGGCACGGCAGCUCUUUGCAUCGUCUGAUAGAGGCGAUGGAUGCUGGGCGGCCUGUGCAGGAGUGCAUUGAUACACUCAAUCGUGUUUGACUUGUGAUGCAAGCCUGCAGUUCGAGCUGAGGAUCAUCCGGCCGUUAAUGCAGUU